AUGGAAGAGGAUGACACGGGUGGUACGGAGCGGCAGCUCAUCGAGGAUGAGCUCGCCAGGAAGCAAGCUGAGCUUGAGGAACUGGAGCAGAUGCGGCGAGAGGCUGGUUUUACACCGCGCACCUCGCUGCGCCGCACCCCCCCGCAAGGGUUUAGCACACCCUCAGUUCAACAAAGCACCUCUUCUGCUGCAGUUUCUAUACCGACGGCCAAAAGGGUGUUAACCUCACCUGAGGACGUGCAGGAGGCAGUCAGGCGCCGCGUCGCAGAGAAGAAGUCGGUGCAUCCGCCAGUUAGUGGCAUAUUAACAAAGACUAUGCCAGACCCCGCCUCAACUUCAGGAAAUGCUUCUCGGUUCAGCUAUCCUGAUGGCUCCAGUGGCAUCUCAGUGCUGGACAAGGUUGCGCUUCUGGAGAGGGUACACGCGGCUCUCAAAGGAAUCGCAACUGUCGCCAAUGCGAGCAACAAGCUCAACUUGGCUGAUAAGACCAGCAUUGCCAGCCUCAGCCAAGACAUCCUAGCGUACGUGGCAACGCUAGAGAUUAGGUACGGCGAAAAGGAACAGGAGGUAACGGCCUUAAAGCUUAAGUGUGCGCAGCUGGAGCUUUCGGUUGCUCAAGCCCAGACCCUUCCUGCCCCUUCUAUCCCCUGUGUGGCCUCUUCAACUUCUGCUGCUGACAGCUAUGCCUCCAAAUUGAAGCUGCCUAAGGAGUUUUCAGAUAACGGCUGUUACUUUCGUGAACGUGGUGUGAACUGGGGAGGUUUCUGUUCGACUCUGCACGCCCGCAUGUCCCAGCUGAGGCUAACGCGCCCAGCUAAUGAAAUCUGUGAGCAGUACUCUGCAAUACUCCUUCGUACUGCGAGGGAGCGACUAGGCACACGUGCUAAAAAGGAAAAAGAAGGGUACGAAUGGUGGUCUCCGGCUCUUGACCGUAUGCGAAAUGAGGUCUACUGUACACGUCGCAAGUGGCAGGCUUCACGUCGCGCAGGAGGCGACAGGGAGAAGGCACUACAUGAUCAACUGCGUGCAGUUAGAAUACGCUACAAGUUAGCCAUGAAAGAUGCUGAACUUGCCUUCUUCCGCUCCGUUGCGGAGUCAGGAAUUUUCACAUAA